AUGCGUUUCAGCAGAGAUGGCUUGGGGUGCAUCAAUAAAGGACUCACAGCAGAUGAAGCGGGAGAGAAGGCACAGGCUCUGGAGCUCUACAAGCGAGGGUGGCAGCACCUUCUCAGGGCCAUCAGUGUGUCAUCACAGGGAGAGGAGUGUGUCAGCAGCUCCUGGGGAUCAGCCAGACAGAUGCAGCACAAGAUGCAGAGGACGCUGAACAACAUUACCACUUGCCUGGCCAUACUGGAGACCAGCUCAGACCUUGGAUCUCCUCCAGCUUACUCUCCUCAGGCAGUUGAUGGCCAUCUGUCUAUCUCAUAUGGGACAGGUGCAGGGAAAAUGUCAUUGGUUGGGAAGGAGUUUUACAUUCGUACCUCAAGACAUGAGAAACAGAGCGGCAUGUCUGCACAGACAGGUGCAAAUCCGAACAACUGA